AUGUCUCAUCUUCAGUAUUUUGCCUACAAGGGUGUCGGUGAGAGAAACCAGCAAAAGUUCAGCUACAGCCAAGCUGUCCGAAUUGGCGAUCGCAUUGAAUGCGCAGGCCAGGGUGGAUGGAAUCGUGAGACUGGAGAGUUCUUCCGCGAAAUCAACGCUCAAAUUGACCAAGCGUUCGCCAACGUUGAACAUAACCUCCGGGAUGCUGGUGGCGAAGGCUGGAAUCAGGUUUUCCGCGUUAAUUCUUACCACGUUCCUAUUAAUGAUGAGGCUAUAGCUGCCAUGGUCCGCAAUUUUAAGAAAUACAUGCCGGAUCAUCAGCCCAUUUGGACGUGCGUCGGCGUUACUCGUCUCGGCGAGGAUGACAUGCGGGUUGAAAUCGAAGUUGUUGCACAUGUACCGAAUUGA